AUGCGGGUUGGGUUGUGCCAUCAACAUGGUUUUUGCGAGGAUGAAGUUGAAACCAAGGCCGCUGAUCGUCAUGGUUCCUGGUUCCGACUUUUGGAGCGGCGCUACCGUCAGGCUGUGUUUGAAGAUUAUAACCGAUCCCACCAGAAUCAAAAUGUAGUCCCCAACCCCAGCUUAGUGCCUUGGUCCCGCCCUGCAGGCCGCCGAGCCUUCUCUCCUGCUGCGCAUGCGCAACGCAUUGAGCAACAGCGGCGACACCGCGCUGCUGAAUUCUGUCGCCUAUCAGUGCUUCAGCGCCCAUAUUCUGGCCGGGCACUUUUGAACAAGCUCAGUGCUUUAGUGCGAGCAACAGAGGGUGGGCAUUUGCUUUUGGAUUCUGGUGAGGACAGGUCGCCCAAGCCAGCCAAAGUUGCCAAGCUUCAAGAAAAGGCCCAAGCCAGUGACAUGCAACCCCUGAAGGAGUAUUCUCUUCGGAGUGAGGACUGGCCACUUGCUUUGUUGAUGAAAGGUCCUGCGGUCCUCUCCAAGCUUCGUCAAGGGGAUCCUCCUGCUGACAAACCAGUUGCUGCUAUUCUGUCUGAGCAGGAAGCAGAAGAAGCAGCUGCAUAUUGGGAGCAGCAUGAACUAGGAAAGAACGGUGCCUCUUUAGCAUGUGUCAUUGGUGCUCGGCAUUCUUCCUUGGUGGCAUGGUUGGUGCGUGCGCUUCAUGCAGUAGCCUUGGAGCGUUGCGGCCGAAGAGACGAGGCGAUUCGGCUUUGCCAAGAUACUGUGACUGCAGGGAUCGCCAGCGAGAAGAACUCCCUGGCCGCAAUGGAUGACACCUGUUUGAGCACCUUACAGGUGGUUUUGAGGCGUUGUCGGCAAUGGCCUUUAGUGGCACAGAUGUACGAGGCGGCUUGGAAUAAAGAGCCGGAAAUGGAAGAGUACGGUGUGGUGCUUUUCCUAACCGCCGUACAUAGCAACGACUUCACGAAGGCGCAACAGGUAGCGACAAAGCUCUACCAGAAGUACAAAAAACCACAAUGCCUGCAGUGGGUCUGA